AUGACUGCCAACAAGGGUUGCAUUCCACGCAUCUGCAACUGCCUUGGAAAAAAUCAAAACUGCAAUAAUGAUGAAAGCGGGGGCACACCUAAUAUUAACAUUAAAAAUUCUUUUGGAGACUGUUUUAAUAUAGAGUCAAAGUACUCUACAGUUUACUCUGCUGAUCCUGUUGAAUAUAGUCCCGACAAAGGGCAAGAAGGCGACAGUUCCUCUGCGGUCAUCAGGUUGAUUGCUGUUGGGUUGGCGGUUGAGGGCCCUCUGGAUCUGCCGGUCAUUAUAGCCAUUGCGCUUGAAGAUGUCCUUCAGGAACUCCAACUCCGCACGCAGACUCUCUUGAUCGCACAGAGCUCUGGCCCUAUGUACCAGUGUGGACAGAGCUGCCUGUUUACUGGAAGGGUGAUGAUGGGACUUGGCAUUGAGAUACAGGUUACAGGUUACAUAGUAUUCCUCUAUGGGGAGGCUAUCCAUCGACACAUUCGUAGACUCGAGACGCUGCGUACCAAGAAGUCCAAGCUACUGUGCAACCUUCCCUUCCUCCUUAGAUGCAGAGACCAUGGCAUCAUACCUCAUUUCCUUCAGUUCGAACACCACAUAUUCUCUGAUGCUGCCAAAAGGAUCUACAGACGCACCAGCUUUUCUAUGCUACGUGAACGCAUCCACCAAACAAGGCGAGAACUGGACGCUGUCUCAAGAGAGCUGAUUAAACUGCAUCUUCUCGUAGCCCGUGUCCUGUCCGCAGAUGAUUGGGACCUAAUCGACCGCAUCACAACCCAGAAAGCGGUUAAUAUCGGUGACCAAGCGAGAGCCAGACAGUGCAAGAAGUUCAUCAACUUGCAGAAGACACAACAUCCACCCCAACUUCAUGAAAACAAGAAGACUGUGGUCAAUCUAAGUGGUGUGCCCUUGGAAGAAGCGGCUUACUCUGCUCUGAGUAAGGGCCUGAACUUUGCUGUAGCCCCUAGUUCUAUCCCAGUGAAGGACAUCCUGUGUGGGGUUGAAAAGGCUGUAAUGGUCCUACCGGAAGAGACUGCAGAGGAGAUUCGACAGGAGACAGUCAGGAUCCUCAAGGGCUCAAACAAACCCAAGGACAACCUCACUGGUGCCGAGAGAAGAGCUCUCCGAGCCUUAAAAUCCAACGAGACGCUCACGGUGCUUCCGGCCGACAAAGGUAAUGCUGCCGUGGUUUUGGCUACUUCUGACUACAACCAGAAGAUUGCUGCCCUCCUAGAGGACAAGACCUACAGGAAGCUGAAAAAGGAUCCCACUGACUCCAUAGAGCGCAAGACGUUGCUUCUCCUAAAGAAGUCCCCGUUCCCUGAAGAGAUCUGCCAACAACUACGACCACAAUGUUCCAGAACACCAAGACUCUAUGGGUUGCCCAAAAUACACAAACCUGACGUACCAUUAAGACCUAUUAUCAGCACCAUUGGCUCCCCCACCUAUCGAUUGGCCAAACAUUUGGCUUCCCUACUUAACUCCUUCACCUGUGACUCCCCACACCACGUGAGAAACUCUGCCGAAUUUGUCCACACCAUAAAAUCCCUCCGGUUGAACCCUUGUGAUAUGAUGGUUAGCUUCGAUGUGGUAUCGCUUUUCACCAAAGUGCCUAUCAAGGACACUAUGGAUCUACUAGAAGGAAACUUCGCCGAAGAUGUUUUGAGACUGUUUCGCCAUGUCCUAACCACAUCCUACUUCAGCUUCAAUGGCCAGUUCUACGAACAGACUGACGGUGUAGCCAUGGGCUCUCCACUAUCUCCAGUCAUCGCCAACUUCUACAUGAAAUACUUCGAGGAGAGAGCGCUGGAUUUGGCCCCACUCAAGCCCCGUUGCUGGUUUCGAUAUGUGGACGACACCUUCGUCAUCUGGCCCCACGGACCUGACAACCUGAAGGGUUUCCUGAACCACUUAAACAGUAUCAACCCAUGCAUUCAGUUCACCAUGGAAACCGAAAGUGAAGGCCACCUCCCCUUCCUAGACAUAGAUAUUUACAAGAGACCCGACGGCUCUCUAGGCCAUACAGUAUACCGCAAACCCACACACACAAACCUGUAUCUUAACGCCAAGUCCCAUCAUCACCCUUCCAGUAAACAGGCAGCUCUGUCCACACUGGUACAUAGGGCCAGAGCUCUGUGCGAUCAAGAGAGUCUACGUGCAGAGUUGGAGUUCCUUAAGAACAUCUUCAAGCGCAAUGGCUAUAACGACCGGCAGAUCCAGAGGGCCCUCAACCGCCAACCCAACAGCAUUCAACCUGAUGACCGCAGAGGAACUGUCGCCUUCUUGCCUUUUGUCGGGACUAUAUUCAACAGGAUCAGCAGAGUACUGUCCCGACAUAACAUCAAAUCAGUUGGCCUGCCCCCAAAGAAAAUAUCUAAUUUUCUCCGGCCUGUCAAAGAUCACCUGGGACUGAGGACACCGGGAAUUUACAGAAUUCCAUGUGAGUGCGGCAAGGUCUACAUCGGGCAGACGGGCCGUUCUGUGGACACGAGGUUGAAAGAACAUCAACGGCAUAUACGAUUAGAACAUCCGGACAAGUCAGCCGUAGCUGAACACAGCAUCGAUCUAGACCACCGUAUCGAGUUUCACAAAACGGCCAUAAUCACCAAUAAGCAAUGCACUUGGACAUGA